GGGCUUGUUGCUGGGAAGGUCUGUUCUCAGGCUCUUGGGCUCCUCUGAAGGGCUGCCCAUGCAAAAGCAAGAGUAGCUUUGACCCCUUGGAUGGGCACAUCAACAGGUGGGUGGUAAGAUGAGACACCAACUUCUGCCCAAAAGUGGGAGGCUGCGGGCCUGGGCGGCUCGAUUACAAAAUAUCAUGGCAAAUAGGAUGAGCUGCAUGUCCUCAAAAUAGCCCACAGGAGCCUAUAUAACGCGACGCCUCUGGAGAACCAUCAGUCCUGGGCCAAGGGCCUGUGUGUGCCCAGUGCCACCUCCUGUGUGCGGCACGGGAGUGCAGGGAGAGCCAGCGAGGGGGACCGGCACUGCUGGGGACACGGGCACAGCCACAGGCGUGGAGGGAGCAGAGCUCUCGUCUGAAGGCUGCCAUCAGCAUGAAGGACUAUUGCCCAGUCUCAAUGCCCCGGUACAGUCGGUACAGCCAGAGACUGAGAGCCUCGCGCACUGUGCACUUCCCCAACGAUGUCGUCUUCCAGGACCACAUCAGGCAGGGGGACCUGGAGCAGGUGGGCAGAUUCAUUCGUGCCAGGAAGGUGACGCUGGACACCAUCUACCCUUCUGGCAUGGCCGCCCUCCAUGAAGCUGUGCUUACUGGAAACCUGGACUGUGUCAAGCUCCUGGUUAAAUACGGCGCUGACAUCCACCAGAGAGAUGAGAACGGCUGGACGCCCCUGCACAUGGCCUGCAGCGACGGCUAUGCCGACAUAGCCAGGUACCUCAUCUCCCUCGGGGCCAGCCCGGAGGCCACCACCGACGCCGGGGAGAAGCCCUCGGACCUCAUCGACCCCGAGUACAGGGACCUGGUGGAGCUCUUCCAGGCCGCCGCCAUGAGCUGAGGGCGGGGCGGGGCCGGGGCGAGGAGCAGGC